AUGAACUUCGAUCAGUCCACCCAGCGAGAGGGCUACAGCAAGCUCCAUAUCAAGGGGGAGGAGGAGGCGGUGAAGAGGGCAGAGGCUCGGGUGGUGGCCAUGGUUGAGGAUCUUGGAGGCGACAGCACCUUCAUGACGCAGAAGCGCCGGCGCUUUCGGCCCUGCCUCAGCCCAAGCCACCUGAAGCCCUCGUGGAAUGCUUGGUCGGACUACGACAGCCACGGCUGGAAAGCGAGUGGUCCUUGGGCGCCAACACGUCUUCUCCGGCAAGCGCUUGAGAACUUGAUGGGCAGGUGGUACGGCGAUGCUCAUUGCUACCAGGUGACCUGGUCGAGCAACUCCAAAGGCCUCACGUGCAAGUCCAUGUCUUUGUAUGCCAUGGACAACAAGGAGAAUGCCUGGACCUCCGAGCGAGCCAUUUGCUGGGAAGGCGCCGACAUCUUCCUGGGCGAGAGGUGCCGGUACUUCUUGGACACCUUAACCAACAAGACGGUUACCUGGGUGGACGAAUCCAAGAAAGGCGUGAUGCUGCUCUGGACGAGGCGGCCACAGGCUCCCACAGGACCAUCCAACUAUGACAGCAACUACGCCACACUUUUCAGCCAGAGCAACAAGGAGGAGAACUCUGGCUUCUGCAUGGCCGCGGAGGACUUUCCAACGCUUUGA